UUCCUCAAGGAUCACUGGUAGGCAAAGAUGAACGGCACUGAGGGAAACAACUUCUAUGUCCCCUUGUCCAACAGGACAGGGCUAGUGAGGAGUCCUUAUGAGUAUCCGCAGUAUUAUCUCGCUGAACCGUGGCAGUUUAAAAUUCUUGCAGUCUACAUAUUCUUCCUCAUGAGCUUGGGUCUACCCAUCAAUGUCCUUACAUUGGUGGUUACAGCUCAACACAAAAAGCUUAGGCAACCUCUCAACUUCAUUUUGGUCAACCUGGCUGUAGCUGGAACCAUCAUGGUUUGUUUUGGAUUCACGGUCACUUUCUACACAGCAAUUAAUGGCUACUUUGUUCUGGGACCAAAUGGCUGCGCGAUUGAAGGCUUCAUGGCCACACUUGGAGGUGAAGUUGCCCUUUGGUCACUUGUGGUGCUGGCCAUUGAAAGAUACAUUGUUGUCUGCAAACCAAUGGGUAGCUUCAAAUUCUCCUCCAGCCAUGCUUUUGCAGGAAUUGCAUUUACAUGGGUAAUGGCCAUGGCAUGUGCGGCUCCCCCUUUGGUUGGGUGGUCCAGAUAUAUUCCUGAGGGAAUGCAGUGCUCAUGUGGACCAGACUACUACACCCUGAAUCCUGAAUACAACAAUGAAUCAUAUGUCAUCUACAUGUUCGUCUGCCAUUUUAUAUUGCCAGUCACUGUAAUCUUUUUCACCUAUGGACGGCUUGUGUGCACAGUCAAGGCGGCUGCAGCUCAACAGCAGGACUCAGCAUCUACCCAGAAAGCCGAGAGGGAAGUGACAAGAAUGGUCAUCCUGAUGGUUUUGGGUUUCCUGGUGGCUUGGACCCCUUAUGCCACUGUUGCCGCCUGGAUCUUCUUUAAUAAGGGAGCAGCUUUCAGUGCCCAGUUCAUGGCUAUUCCUGCCUUCUUUUCAAAGAGCUCAGCCUUAUAUAACCCUGUCAUCUAUGUGCUGCUAAACAAACAGUUCCGUAACUGCAUGCUGACCACUCUUUUCUGUGGAAAGAAUCCUCUUGGCGAUGAUGAGUCCUCAACUGUGUCCACCAGCAAGACGGAGGUGUCCUCUGUAUCUCCAGCAUAG